UAAGGUAAGCGUGACUUUUUCAUUAAAACAAAAGAAACUAUUGUUAAGUGGUUUUUGGUUCGCGAAUCCGUUUUGUUCGCAAAUUAUAAGCGCUUUUGUUAAUUGUGAUACGCCAUUUUGAAUUUUUUUUCUCGCGGCGUCAGUUUUGUGGACAAUUAAAUUUUUUUCCUGUAAAGUUUUCGGUGGAAAGAAAAGUUUUUGCACUAUAUUAAGAGUGUUUUUUUCUCUUUAUUUUGAGAGUUAGGUACAAUUUAGCACAGCAGGAGAAAUCUGGCUGCGGAAACAAUUUGAUUGCUGCUUUGGUUCUUCGGAAAAAUUCCGUGACUUUGGCAUUGCGUUUGUGUGAGUGACGGUUUAUUCCGGUGAGUAACAGAAAUAAUUACAGUUUGUUGUUUUAAAAUUUUGACUUUAUAUAACUUGUAAUUUGUGGUGAUUUGAAAUUGAUAGAUUUUUGCCUUAUAUUUCAUUUUGAUCAGAAUUUUGACAAAAAUGUCCUACAUGGUGGCCCCUAAUAUUGAACCAUACCGCAAGGGCCAAUCUUUUGCCACUUGGAUAAAGCGUUUGGCGGUUCAUUUCCGGGUGAACAAAGUUAAAGAUAAUGAAAAGACGGAUCAGAUGUUCAUCUUGGGAGGAGAUUUUUUGUUCAGUAUGGCAGAAAUACUCUACCCCACAGAAGCAAUGAUGGAAGAAGUGUCGUAUGAAAUUUUAGUGCAAAAGCUUAAGGAGAGACUUGACAAAACUGAUUCAGUCUUGCUCCGAAGAUAUAUUUUUGGCACAAAGGUUCAACAAUCGGGAGAAUCGGCAAGCGAUUUUAUAUUUUCGUUAAAACUCCAAGCGGAGCAUUGCGAAUUUGGGGAGCAAAAGAAUCGUCUUAUUCUUGAUCGUAUUUUGGUUGGGUUGUCUGAUGGCUCGCUUAAGCAUCGUCUUUUUACGGAGGAUAGCUCCAAGUUAACGCUUGAACAGGCGGAGAAUAUUAUCGCUACGUGGGAAAUGGCGGCUACUCAUUCAAAAGCUUUAACGAACAGCGAUGUCGAUUUGGUAGCUUCACUGGACACUAGGUACCCUUUGACUCAAGGUAGAGGUGCGGUUAUUCAACGGAUGAGGGAAGCUCAGCAAAAUUUUCACGGUUCGGUAAAAAGUCGACUUGGUGUUCGACCUGAAAUACGACCGGCGGAAGAUAGUCAGAGAGUACAGUUUCACUCACAGCGUUUUGAACAUCGUAAUUCGUCGGCUAGUUCAGCUCGUGGUCAAUACAAAAUGGACGACCAACAAUGGCCGAUUGAUCAGCGUAUCUGCUAUCAUUGCGGACGUAGAGGACAUGUGCGAAGGAAAUGCUACAAGUGGAAGAACGAGUGCGGCAAGACGGUUAAUCGUGUUGACACACAGGAAGCUAUUACCAGUGCAAACCAUUUAACAGAACCAUUAGAUAGCUUGAGGAUCCAAGAUUCGGACUCAGAUGGUAAUAUCUCAGAUCAUGGUUGGAAACGAGGCGACUACUACGGUUCAUCGAAGCCAAAUAAGAAUCGUUACGAAUAAACGAGGUUCACCAUAUCAGCCAAGACCAUCGAUGCGAAUGGUCAAGACUGGUCGGCCAAUCCUGACUGUCGAGGAACCUGUAGUGGCAACACAAGAUGGAAGCGAUGUCCGGCAAAUACCAGAUCGAAAUCCAACCGUCGAAUGAUCCUGAUACACAAAUUUUUAGAUUAAGUAGGAAACGAAAAUUUCCACCAGAUCCGGUAGCGCUAAUUGGCCUACCUAGGCGUUCGAAAAGAGCUAGAAAACCUAGAAUCGAAUAUGAAUUCGAAUAUUUUUGAGUUUGUUGUUACAUGAAUUAUUGUUCAUUCUUUUUAAAGGAGGAAGAGCUAUUGUAUAUUGAAUUCUUGUUACUUACACUUUAGAGUGUAUUCAGCAACACUUCGGCGCAGCGCGCAACACUGCUGUCAUUAUGAGCAAACUUAAUAAAUGAGCUAGAGGCUCACUUCUGUUAUUUGCAACCAACUGUGUUAGACGUGUUUUAGUGAACUUAAAA